CAAAUGUGCUUAGAAGUCAGAGAAUCAUGAAAGGUUUGAUACUUUUUCUUGUUUUUGCGGCAUCUCUUGCUGCUCCCUCCAUUCGUCGCUUUGACAAUGAAAAGGUAUUUCGUGUCUUUCCACAAAAUGAAGAGGAUGUUCAGUCCAUCAAACAAUUGGCCAGAGUAAUGCAGCUUAAUUUCUGGAAACCCCAUUCUUCAUCCUUUCUGAUCCCCAAAGCCUUUGUGGAUUUUCAUGCAAAUGUUGAGGAUUCCCAGGUUAUCACUGGUCUUCUUGAUGAGAAAGGAAUAAAAUACAGAAUUCUUUUUCAGAAUUUACAAGAAGCUAUCGAAAACCAGUUUAAAAAAGUUGGUGAUCCCAAGGAGAAACGUUUUUCUAGCCCUAAAUAUCAAACCUGGUUAGAGAUUGCAACCUGGGCUUAUCGAGUUUCUCUUAAGCACCCAAAUCUGGUAUCUAUUGUGCAUGCUGGAGACACUUAUGAAGGACGGCCUAUACUAAUCCUCAAGGUUGGAAGCCAAAAGACUAAUAAAAAUGGCAUUGUAUUUGAAUGUGGUGUCCAUGCACGGGAAUGGAUCUCUCCUGCUUUCUGCCAAUGGUUUGUAAAUGAGGCAAUCAGAAGUUAUGGAAAAGAUAAAACUAUGACAAAGCUCUUGGAUAGGAUGACCUUCCAUAUUGUUCCUGUACUUAACAUUGAUGGCUACGUCUGGACUUGGACUCACGAUCGUAUGUGGAGGAAGAACCGUUACCCAGAUCCUAAAACGAACUGUGUCGGAACUGAUGUCAAUAGGAACUUCAAUGUUUCCUGGGGCAUUGGAUUCCACAAUGAUGAGCCAUGUUCAGAAAUCUAUGGAGGGUCUGGCCCAGAGUCUGAAAAGGAAACUAAAGCUUUGGCUUCCUACAUCCGUGAUAACAUCUCAUCUCUUAAAGCUUACAUUAGUUUCCACGCAUAUGGGCAGCUGCUAAUGUAUCCUUAUGGGUAUAAAUCUAAAAUGGCACCCAAUCAUGAAAAAUUGGACGAGAUUGCAGUUUCCGCAGUGCAAGCUUUAUCUACAUUAUAUGGCACCAACUACACACAUGGACCCAUCGCUACUACAAUUUAUCCAGUUUCUGGUUCUUCCAUCGACUGGACAUAUGAUAAAGGAAUAAAAUACUCAUUUGUUUUUGAGCUACGGGAUGAAGGUGAUUUUGGCUUUCUGCUCCCUGAAUGCCAAAUAAAACAAACCUGCAUGGAGACCAUGUUGGCCGUAAAAGCAAUGGCCAAUUCUGUUGUCACCCAGGAAAAUUAGACUUUUUCUUCUUAUCACAGCUCUAUCUCAUUUCUUAUCUUGACUAUUCAACAAAAAAUAUUAAAUUUGUGCAUUCGAUAUUCUGCUAUUUUCAGAUUACAUUUGCUUGUAGCAUUAAUUGUUCCCCUUCAUUUGUGUGUUUUUUUGAAUUAUUAAACAUCUUGAUUUGCCGCUA